CGUUACACUACUCCCUCCUUUCAAAGAGCGCGUCCUCGCGCUAGCUUGCGACUUUAAGGGUCGUUACAGUAUGAUUAGCUAAAAAUAUGCCUGAACUACAUGAACGGUGCUACAUUUUACUAACCACAUUUUACACUGCAUUUAGUGUAAAUGUGUACAUUUAUAAAACAUGGAAAUAUGGGGUGUAUUCAUUGCGUCUUGCAACGGAAACCGUGUACCGUUUGAGAACCAAAGGGAAGAAAACAGAGCAAACGGAACGAAACGGGGAGGGACCUAGCACUUACCUACUUGAAUAUAUCCAAUAAAAACUAUCGUAUUCGUUGCAAAACGUUUUACAAAAGGAUUGCGUAAUGAAAAGAGACCACCAGCAAAACCAAGUUGAACUGCCCGGAACCUGUGCAGCCUAGUCAGCUGGCUUCGUUUCCCAACGAAAGAAUUUGAGAGCUGUACUUCAGCGUUACCAUCUGAUUUUUUUUCCGUUUUGCGGAUUCUAUCUGGAAAGCAAUUAGCUAAUCCUUCUUGAAAACCAAAUUAAUCGCAUAAUGUUGUUGCGGGAUGAUAGUCGUUCCAUUGAAAACGUCUAGGAACAGCCCCCGGCUUCAGACCCUUGCGGUCUGACGAAGGAAGAUGGUCGCUAGGGUUUAAAUUUGACCACAGUGUGCAACAUGUCAGAAUCUGGCCACAGUCAACCUGGCAUGUACGGACAGGGAAGGAGGAGAAGGCGACGCCGAGACAGGGAUGUGGGUCCCGCGGGGCAAAACCUCUCUGGUCCCAGUCGAGAUCGGGAAUAUGUCCCCAGAGAACGCAGGGAUGGCAGUGAGGAGCCUCCAGGACCACUCCUUCAGAAGACCCCCAUCAUCCUGGCCAAACCCCCUGGAGAACGGUCCAAGCCUUCCCAGAGUGUACCCAUCAGUGGAGGCCAGGCCCUGGAGAAGCCCAUCAUGCUCAUCAAGUCCAGGGAGGACGGGGGGAAACCAGGGACCCCUCCUGAGGUGGCUUCUCCGGCCUCUGGCUCUGGGGCCUCAAAGCUAGAGAGGGAGGGCCAGCGCCCUACCCAACCUGUCUACCAGAUCCAAAACAGAGGCAUGGGAGCAGCUGCUUCCAGCGGUGCUGUGGACCCUGUGAUUGGCCAGACCAAGCUCGUCCCCCCUGAGAAGAUGAAGCACAGCAUCAAGCUGGUGGACGAUCAGAUGAACUGGUGUGACAGUGCCAUGGAGUACCUAAGGGACCAGACAGACAUGUUGGUAGUGGGAGUCAUUGGCCUGCAGGGAACAGGGAAAUCCACCAUCAUGUCUCUCCUGUCUGCCAACGCACCUGAAGAAGACCAAAGGGGCUAUGUGUUCAGGGCCCAGACUCAGGAGAUCAAAGAGAGAGGAGGGAACCAGAGCACUGGUAUUGACUUCUACAUUACCCAGGAAAGAGUCAUCUUCUUGGACACACAGCCCAUUCUCAGCCCCUCCAUUUUGGAUCACCUCAUCAACAACGACCGCAAGCUGCCUCCAGAGUACAACCUCCCUCACACCUAUGUGGAGAUGCAGUCUCUUCAGAUCACUGCCUUCCUGUUCACAGUGUGCCACGUGGUCAUUGUGAUUCAAGACUGGUUCACUGACAUCAACCUCUACAGGUUCCUCCAGACAGCGGAGAUGUUAAAGCCCUCCACCCCUUCUGCCAGCCACGACAGCACUGGUUCCUCUGGCAAUGAAGAGGGAUCAGAGUACUACCCUCACAUAGUGUUCCUGCAGAACAAAUCUAGUCGUGAUGAGUUCUGUCCCAGAAACCUGAAGAAGAUGCAUAUGGCAGUGGACAAGCUGAUGGCCCACUCCCAUCUGAAAUACAAAGGCACGUUAUCUAUGCUGGACUGUAAUAUUUUCCCUGGCCUGGACCGCGACUACCUGGAAACAGAGGUCAACAUGUUCCUGCUGCCCCUCAUGGAGAAUGAGGGGGAGGACGCGCUAACCAAAGCAGGGUCUGGGUCCGCCCCUCUCUUCUCUCUCCUCCCGGGCUACAGAGGACACCCUACCUUCUCCUCUCAGGUCUCCAAGCUCCGCAGUCAAAUCCUGGCCAUGUCCCGCUGUCAGCUGUCACACACCAUCCUCACAGAGAAGAACUGGUUUCACUAUGCGGCUCGCAUCUGGGACGGGGUGAAGAAGUCCUCAGCCCUGUCUGAAUACAGCCGUCUACAGGCCUAGCAACACUGUCAACCUGUUAUGAAUAUACUGGAGGAAAUGGAUGUCCCUGUCCUACAUGAGGACCAGAAGAGACAGAGGGAGGUGGGUCUGGAGAUGGACAGUGCCAGUACUAUUGGGCUUACAGGUUCAGUCAGUGGUGAUAUGAGGUGUUUGAUGUUGAGGAGAGGUCCAUCUCAUCUCAUGGAACUACAGAUAGUUCAACUUUGGUGUCUUUGUAACAGAGGGAGAAAAGGGGACAGCUGAUAAGAUUCAGGUGUCAAUAAAUAACCCUGCUAAGUGUUAGAAGAAUCAGAUGUUACAGAAAAUGACUGACUUUGAAAGAUACAUUCUGACUAACAUGAUACAAAUGGUGAAAGUAAUAUUUAGUUGAAGCAUACAACGGUGCUUCAUUUUUAUUUCAUAUGUGAUUGUCUAAAAUAUUUGUUACCUGUUUACCUGAUAUGUUCUGAUUUGUUUAUUGUGUAAAGAUGGAGCUGAGAUUCAGGACGAGACACUUCUGCAACUUGACAAGAAUUUAUACAAAUAUGAUGUAAUCAUUAACAUUAAACCGAUAUACUCUGUUA